GUCAGAAAUCUUGGUAAAGGGAAUCCGUUACUCUUGGCUGCCAGUUUUUGCAGGCUACACCUCGGGAGACAGGGGCACUGCAGGACUGGACCAGGCAGGAGGAUGAAGAGGGUCCUGGUUCUCCUGCUUUUUGCAGCAUGUUCACAUGCUCUAGAGAGAGGCAAAGAUUAUGAAAAGGAUAAAGUCUGCAAAGAACUCGCCCAAAUGGGUAAAGAUGACUUCAGAUCUUUAUCAAUAAUUCUGUACAGCAGAAAAUUUCCUAGUGGUACAUUUGAACAGAUCAGUCAUCUUAUAAAUGAAGUUGUCUCCUUGACAGAAGCCUGCUGUGCUGAAGGGGCUGACUCUGACUGCUAUGACAACAGGACCUCAGCUUUGUCUGCUAAAUCCUGUGAAAGCAACUCUCCAUUUCCAGUGCACCCAGGCACUCCUGAGUGCUGUGCCCAAGAGGGCCUUGAACAGAAGCUGUGUAUGGCUGCCCUGAAGCAUCCGCCACAAGAAUUUCCAACCUACACAGAACCAACAAAUGAUGAAAUCUGUGAAGCCUUCAGGAAAGAUCCCAAGGAAUUUGCUGAGCACUUUCUAUAUGACUAUUCCAGUAAUUAUGGACAAGCUCCUCUGCCACUUUUAGUUGGUUACACCAAGAGUUAUCUCUCUAUGGUAGGGUCCUGCUGUACGUCACCAAAUCCAACUAUUUGCUUCUUAAAAGAGAGACUCCAGAUCAAACAGUUGUCACUUCUCACCACUAUGUCAAAUAGACUCUGUUCACAACAUGUUGCUUAUGGGAAAGAGAAGUCAAGACUCAGCCACCUCAUAAAGUUUGCCCAAAAAGUGCCUACUGCUGAUCUGAAGGAAGUUUUGCCACUGGCUGAAGGUAUCACCAUAAUCCUCUCCAAGUGCUGUGAGUCAACCUCUGAGGACUGCAUGGCCAAGGAGUUGCCUGAACACACAGUAAAAAUCUGCAACAGUUUAUCCUCAAAGAAUUCUAAGUUUAAAGACUGUUGUCAAGAAAAAACAGCCAUGGACACUUUUGUGUGCAUUUACUUCAUGCAAAACACCCAGUCUCCUGAACUGCCAGAUGUUGAGCUGCCCCAAAAUAAAGAUGUUUGUGGUAAAGCACACGCCAGAGCCUUGGAUCAGUAUGCCUACGAAGUAAGUAGGAGGACUCAGCUUCCAGAAGUAUUCCUGAGCAAAAUACUUGAGCCAACCCUGAAAAGUCUUGAUGACUGUUGUCACUCUGAAGACUCUACCACCUGUUUUAACAUGGAGGCCCCUCUACUUAAGGAGAAACUAUCUACUUUCAUUGAAAAUGGACAAGAACUAUGUGCAGAUUAUUCAGAACACACAUUUACAGAGUACAAGAAAAAACUGGCAGGGCGAUUAAGAACCAAACUGCCUGACGCCACAGAUGCCCAGCUUGAAGAGCUGAUUGAGAAGCGCUCAGACUUUGCCAGCAAGUGCUGCUCCAUAAAUUCCCCCCCUCUCUACUGCAACUCUGAGAUUGAUGCUUCCCAUGCAUUAUUUUAGUCACACAGCUGAAACAAGAAAAGACAAAUGAACCUAUGUGAAACCAGAGCUUCUGGGGAGACAAAUGGACUGCUCUCCAACAUUUACCGCUGGCAGUACCUUCAUAUAGUGCUAAGUAUGGUCACUUGCUACCAAAAUAAAUUGAAAUAUAAUGCAAACCAUAA